AUGUGGUUGCUGAAAGAUAUUAAUUCCGCCAACGUGAAUAACAAAUUAGAGAGUCAUGCGGUGCUUAUUUUUUUAUCAGGUAAAAAGUUUCGAAAAGAAGAAAAGGAGAGAAAGAAAAGAAAUGAAAAAGAGGAGAAGAAGAAAAACCACGGGGAAAGAGAGAAGAAAACAACGGCCAAGAAACGUUCCAGGAGUCCAGAUAAAAGCCGAGAUGAUGGAAGACAACAGAAGAAGAUUCGAGGGGAACCCGAAACACCACCGGCCCUCGAUAUCAACAAUUACCGCCUUAUAAAACAGAUAGGCGAAGGUUCAUUUGGCAAGGUGAUGUUGGCAUCUUAUAUGAUAAAAGACCAACUGGUUGCAGUGAAGAUAAUUGAAAAGAAAAAGACUCGGGACUUCAAGAACGUCAGGAAUGAAGCGUCAGUGCUACAGCUUGCCAGAAGAUGCCCGUAUUUAUGUCGGGGAAUGGCAACACUUCAAACUCAGUCUCUCAUACUGCUAGUUCUGGAGUAUAUGAGUGGCGGCACACUGGAUGACCUCAUAACAACCGUAGGUCGUCUGAACAGUGACCUCAUAAUGUUUUAUUCUGCAGAACUAGCAGUAGGUUUGAAGUUCUUGCAUGCCAAUGGGAUCGUGCAUCGUGACCUGAAGCCUCAGAAUAUUUUGUUGGAUGAAGAGGGUCAUUUGAAGAUCGCUGAUUUCGGCAUCGUCUGUACCAACAUGUUUAAAUCAAAUACUCAGCGUGGAAGGUGUGGAACACCAGGGUAUAUAGCCCCAGAGGUUUUAGCAGAUAUGGAAUACAAUUCAAGUGCUGAUUGGUGGUCGUUUGGUGUUAUCUUAUAUAAAAUGGCCACCGGCAUAUUACCAUAUUCACGGCAUAUCUCUAAAGAAGAACAACUAGAAAGGAUCCUGACUGAAAAGCCUCAAUAUCCAGAAUUCCUUUCUGCGGAAUUACGUGACCUCUUAAAACAGCUCUUGAAGAAGAAGCCCAAACAUCGCCUUGGGGUAUAUGCCGACAUCCGGGACCACCCAUUUUAUUCCACAAUUGAUUGGGUGCAAGUGGAGAGAAGAAACCUGCUGUCUCCUAUUAUACCACCUAAAAGCUCAGUUAAGGGAUUCAGCAAGAAAAAUAUCCCAUUCCCAGAGGAGGACCCCAGUGAGACCCGCAUGGUCGAAAAGUUCAGCUACAUUGACCCAAGCUGGCAGGAGUAAUUCCUCUGCCACCACCGAGCUUGAUCUCAUCCAACUGACCAUCACAAAAGCUGUGCAACUUGCCACCAGGACACCAGUAGCACUGGCUUCAUCCUGUAAUAUCGGGUAAUGUAUAACAUCCAAGGUGAGCGAAUACUGUUUUUUAAUAUCUUAAAAAUCUGUCCUGCUCUACCAACCCGAAUUGAAGCUUUCUCCCCACAUCCACCAUCUUUCAGCACUGCAUGUAAUUGCCAGAAUCAUCACAGAAAGCACUUAUAGCUGCAUUUAUCAUCUCUGUGUGCUUUAUGUGCCAUUUCAAUCUUACGCAGCUUUUCAUAGUUUUAAAGUUUUUAAUCAUAGUCUCAGUUUUAUUCUAGUUUUAAAAAAAAAAACAAAAAAAAAAAAACACCUCCCCAUCCUUCCCUGUUAAACAACCUGCCCAUCUUUUCACCUGAACCAACCUUUCCCUAUUUCUAUAAAGCACAGCCUCUUUCCUACAGGCUCUAAAAAGCACAGCCUGUCCCCCGCAGGCUCUUUAAAGCAUCAUACCUUCUCAUUGUACCUUAUUAAGCAACCUUCCCAUCUCUCCAUGUAAAACUACCCUUCCCAAUUCUUUACCAAGCAUAACCUGCUUUUUGCAGGCUCUAUAAAGCUCAGCCUGUUCCCUGCAGGCUCCAUAAAGCUCAGCCUGUUCCCUGCAGGCUCCAUAAAGCACAGCCUGUUCCCUGCAGGCUUCAUAAAGCUCAGCCUCUUUCCUACAGGCUCUAUAAAACUCAACUGGUUCCCUUUAGACUCUAUAAAGCUCAGCCUGUUCCCUGCAGGCUUUAUAAAGCACAGUCUGUUUCUUGCAGGCUCUAUAAAGCUCAGCCUGUUCCCUUCAGGCUUCAUAAUGCACAGCCUCUUUCCUACAGGCUAUAUAUAGCUCAGCCUGUUCCCUGCAGGCCUCAUAAAGCUCAGCAUGUUCCCUGUAGGCUCUAUAAAACACAGUC